AGUCGAUCUCUUACAGUCUUGAUACUUAAUUAGGUACUACUUAUUCUCUGCUGUUUUCUCUUAAUAUCAUUUCUUAACACUCCCCUUGAUUUGAGAGAGACAGGCAGAGAGAGAGAGAGAGAGAGUGGAGAUAGAGAGAGAGAGAGAGAGAGAGAGAGAGAGUUCUUGAGGUAUCAGCUUCUGAAGCUAGCUAGGGUUGACAGAAUAACAAAAGAAGAAAACAAGCUGAAGAUGUUAGAACAAAUGGCAGAUGAAGCGAUCUCCAGUAGUUUCAUCCAAAACCAAAUUGAUGAAAGCAAUCCUCCUCCUGCUAAGAAGAAAAGAAAUCUCCCAGGCACCCCGGAUCCGGAAGCCGAAGUCAUCGCCUUGUCACCGAAGACUCUCAUGGCAACCAACAGAUUCUUAUGUGAGAUAUGUGGGAAGGGGUUUCAAAGAGAUCAAAAUUUGCAGCUCCACAGGCGAGGCCACAAUUUACCAUGGAAGCUGAAGCAAAGGACUAGCAAGGAAGUGCGUAAGCGCGUUUACGUGUGCCCUGAGAAGAGCUGUGUCCACAACCAUCCUUCAAGGGCUCUCGGAGACCUCACUGGGAUCAAGAAACACUAUUGCCGAAAGCAUGGGGAGAAGAAGUGGAAGUGUGAGAAGUGCGCCAAGCGAUACGCUGUGCAGUCAGAUUGGAAAGCACACUCGAAAACCUGCGGCACUAGGGAAUACAAAUGUGAUUGUGGCACUAUAUUCUCCAGGCGUGAUAGCUUCAUCACCCACAGAGCAUUUUGUGAAGCUCUAGCCGAAGAAACGGCCAGAGUCACAGCUGCAACAUCCAGCAUCAACAAUUCAACGUUGCCGAAUAUGAAUUAUCAUUUCAUGGGAUCCGCUUCGCUAGGCCAAAACACAGCACAGCAUUUCAGUUCUAUAUUUGAGCCAGUUAUCUCAAACAACCAUGAGAUAUUCACUGAUCCAAUCCGACAAGCUGGACUUUCGUUGUGGAUGGGCCACGACAGCACACAAAGUAGUCACACCGCGCCCAUGAACAAUAAUCUCCAGCCAUUGUUCAGUGAUCCGAAAUCAAAUUAUCAGUUCAAUUGGGCUAGUACUGGAAACAAUAGGAUCAGUAUCCCUAGUCCUUUUGACGAACAUCAAACGACUAGUAUUGCAAGCAGUACAAAUGCACUUCCAGUAGUGAAUAAGGAUGUUGGAAAUCAACUAGUGAGCAUUCCUUCCUUGUACAGCAGCCAGAACAUGACGGACCAAUGCACACACUCUGCAACUAUGUCUGCGACAGCAUUACUUCAGAAAGCUGCACAGAUUGGUGCAACUUCCACGGAUCCAUCGUUCUUGGAAAGCAUUGGAUUAAAGCGUAGUAACAUGAAUCAUGUCCAAGAUGGGAGCAAGUUCUUUGGAUUAUUUGGCACAAAUUUAAUGACAACAACCAAUCUUGGAAUUAGUACCACUGCUGAUCAGGUUAAUGAACAUCUCUCAAAUCUGAAUCAUCAUCUGUAUCCCUCAAAGCGGCGACACAUACAACAGGAUCAAGACAGUUCUGGAUCAGGCGAGACAAGAGAUUUUCUAGGUGUGGGUGCACGAUCAAUCUGCCAUACACCUUCAAUUAACGGAUGGAUUUGAUCUUAUCCGGUACUUCUUGCUGAAGUCAAUAAAGUCUUGACUGAAAACAACUAGUUGAAGUCAGAUAUCAGCUAGUUGUGACAUGGAAAGCAAAAUUUACAAGGUUUGCAUAGAAGAAAAAGGGUAAUGAUCUUAAGUUGAGUGCAUGGUGGUUCGAUCAUGGGACCUAAAAGUUGUGCUUUAAGAAAACCUAUCUUGGAGGUAAAGAAUAUUAGAGAUCCAUGCAUAUUCUCCUAAACCCUAAAUCAUGAAGCUGUUACAUUUACUUUAAGGGGUGGUGGAUAGCUUUUUGUUUUUUCAUUAAAGAAAGUGAGUAGUGGGACUGGGGGCAAAGCAAGAGAAGUCCUUUUGAACUCAAUUAUUGCUUUUUUAUAUCUUUCAAUCUGCUUUUCAAUUGUUUUCUUUUCAGCUCCUUGGAAUAUAAAAUAAAUUUCAGUGGCAAAUUAUAAAGGCUGGAUUCUUCUUUGAUCAAUAGCCUUAGCCCUAACUGAUCACCUACUUUUAGUUCUUAUAUAUAGCUUUAGUUCUUUUCUUCGCC